AUAUUGGGGAAGGGAAAGAAGUGAAUCUUGAAGCAUGUCCUAGAUUGAAACUUCAACAACAGUGCAUCAAGUACCUUGGUCCGAUGGAGAGGAUAGCCUAUGAAGUCAUUGUGUUGGAUGGAAAGUUCUUAUUCAAGCAAACAGGGGAGCUCCUUCACACCACAGGCAAUGCUAAGUGGAUAUUUGGUCUUAGCACAUCAAAGACCCUGUAUGUUGGCCAGAACUAGAAAGGCACAUUUCAACACCCGAGCUUCCUGGCUGGGGGAGCCACAAUUGCUGCUGGGAGAUUAGUUGUUGAAGAUGGAGUCCUAAAGGCAGUUUGGCCUCACAGUGGUCACUAUCGACCUACACCAGAAAAUUUCAGAGACUUCAUUUCACUUCUUGAAGAGAAAAAAUUGGAUCUGACCAAUGUUAAGAUGACUGCAGCUGAUGAGGAAGAAGGCUCAAUUGGAAACCAAAGAAGCAGCAAACAUCUGAGAUGCAGCUCAUCUGAGGAGGACUUGGAUCAAACAUUGAAAAGCUUAGAUACUGAAGAGAUCACUGUCAAAGACCUGGUCCAAGGGGAAACUGAUUCAGUAGAAGAAACUACUGUAGCACUUGAACAUCCCAAAUCAAGAAGUUUACGCAACCUUAGUGGAGAUUUGACUUAUCUUGAAAUACCAACAAGGGCUGAAUUGUCUGGAAGUUUACAAAAUGACCAUUUGGCUCUUGGGCAAAGUUGUAAUGAUAAUUCAAUGGACUCUCCAGUGGAAGAUAAUCAUAGAACAUCCAAGGAAGCAUUUGCAACACAACUGCAGAUGGUUGAUGGUGAUUGUGAGGAUAAUGAGCACAUUGAUCAGGUAUCAAUUUUGCAAAGGAUGAACUCCAAGGAGGUAAAUUCAUAUCAAUUGGGGAAACAACUGUCUUGCAAAUGGACAACAGGAGCAGGACCACGAAUUGGCUGUGUGAGGGAUUUUCCCUCGGUGCUCCAGUCCCGGGCCUUGGAGCAAGUGAACUUGUCUCCCAGAAGUGCAAGCCACUUAAAACCAUACUACUCUCCCCGCUCUCCUAGCUGCUUGAGUCCUAAGGUAUCUUCUCCAUUAUGUUGUGGUGAGGAAAUGACAGGCUCACCUAUGCUCAAGAAAG